UCAUUUUUAUCUUUUGUAGUAUGGCAGCGGAUAGCGAUGGGCUGGGCUCGGCGGGCGGCGGCUCGUGCGGCGUGGUGGUGACGUGCGAGGGCGACUUGCGAGACCCGAGGUUCCCCGCGCGCCUGCGCCGCCUGUUGCGCGAGCUGCGCGCCUUGCUAGCCGAGCCGAGCCCGCACACGCUCAAAGUUAACAAGGUGGAGCCGUGGAACUCAGUCCGAGUGACGCUGUCGGUACCGCGCGCGGCCGCGGCUCGCCUGCGGGCCCUGGCCGCGGCCGGGGCGCCGCAGUUACGCGCGCUCGGCAUCCUGUCCGUGCAGUUGGACGGCGACGCGGCCGUGUCGCUGAGGCUACAGCACGGCGCCGAGCUGAGGAUCAAUACUGAUACCGAUGAAGCAAGCACGUCACGCUCACAAUCCAACGAACUGCUGGCUGGUCUGGGGGGUAUCGGUCGUUUGAUAUCGGACGAGGGUGCUUCCACCAGCUCGGAGCCCCCUCAGAACAAUUUCAAGUCACCGAACACCGUGUGUCCCAUGGAUGGCAAGAUACCCCAGAACAUUCCCACCCCCACGACGGAUAGAUGCGAGUUUCCGUUUGGUAGUAUGACUCAAGCGAGGGUCAUACAUCGGAAAGAGAAUACUUUAGGGAUAGGUGGCUGCGCUAGUACGCUGAGACCGGCAUCAGAACCAUUCGCGAGGCCGUCGACUUCGUUCACUGCGCCUCCUCCCCCCUAUCCGGCUCCCCCCGCGACACCUACCACCCCCACCCCACCAGCAGCCCCCACAGUGGCCAUGUCAUCACCCCUGCUGGUGAACUUACUGCAGAAUGAUGCGCCUGCGCCCCAGCCUAGGCCGAAACCAGUGCCUCAUCCUGCUAAACUUGACAGACUUGAGGACUCGCAGGUGGAAUUAGCGGUGGGUCGCGCUCCGUUCGAGUACCGGGGUGGGCGGGCCACCACACCGCGCCCCGCAGUCCCCAGUCCUGCGCCCCCAGCGCCCCGGGCUCCUCGCCCCGCGCCUUUUAUCCGGAGGGCCUUCCCCCCUCGACCGCCUCCCUCACCCGCACCAUACCGCGCCCCCGCUCCUAAUGCUACGGUUGUGGGGCGAGCGAGGUUCGCCUCGCCGUCUUAUAAUACAGAAACCUUCCCCGCCCCUCCACCUCCGCCAUAUAGGCAAGCCGUACCAAGGCCGAGGGCGAUGCAACCGAGGGUAACUCCAGAGGACCUACAAGCGUUACUACCGCCUCCAACGACUUCGAUGGAUCAGAAAACUCAAUCAAGUUUUCAGGAAUUCCAGAGGUAUCAACAGCAGUACAACGCACGGCAGCGUGCCGCUUCUCGUGCAGCUUCACAGCCUGAUUGGAAUGAACCCUAUCGGGACACUUUGGGCUUAUCAAUACCCGACCUUCCCGAUAAUUGUGACCUCGACCUCUUGCUGCCUACGUUGGGCGGUGAUCUGAACCUUGAUGAUACAACACUAUCGGCUAUAUCAGAUCUGGAUACCAACGCAAAAUUAGAUCUAAUCUACGAUACGCCUCAGGAUUCUAUGUCCAACGCGUCAGAAUCGACUCCGGACUCUCUGCUCCAAGAAAUUACCGGCGUUCAAUAUCCAGGAUCCACAUUAAAUGGUCCUUAUAAUCCUGAAAUGACUCCUACUACGAGUCAAACGAACGUGAAUAGUGAUGUGCCUUCUAAACCUUCGGAAAUAUUCGACGCGAAUUCGGAGACGGCGUGUAUGCCGCCCCCGCCCGUGCCUCCGCAGUCGACUUCCAAAUUCCAUGUAAAUUCUCCAAACCACACGAUAGUUAAUACCCAACAUGCGCCAUUUAAGUCACCUCCUACUGCUACGUAUUCUGCGUCGCCGAGCAGUAUGAAUUCAGAUAGAAUGGUUGAUAGGACUACAAAUCAGUCAUUGUCGAUGCCUCCGCCGAUGAGACUUCCGGUUAGAGCGACGAUGUCAGUGUCUACAGCUACAGUCGGAUCGCAAGCCACAGCCCAGGAAAUUGAGGAACAGAGCAAGCAGUAUUUGAUCAAAACACUCAUGAGGGAUGACGACACUCCACCACCCAAAGAACAAGAAAAGAAACCCGAAGAAGUAACCGUAGCGCAAUGUAAAGUCAAAGAAAAUCCAGUAGAAACAAAACCUGAAAUAUUUGGUAUUGCAAAAAUUAUGGAUGAUGAUGGUAAAAAUGAUGACGAUCUUAAAAUGAAAAAUAAGAUCGUUAAGAAGGAAAAGGAUGAUAAAACGCUGGCACAGAAAGGAGGCAAGCCGAGAACGGGUGGUGCGAAAGAGAAACCAGCUACGUUGAAAGACAAGAUAGUAAGGGAUGGAAAAUCUGCCAAAGUUGCCUUACCGCGGCCUCAUGUCGCAAAACCCACGAUUCCUGUUACUGAAGCUCCAAAGUCACCUUCCGGAGAAAAGGAGUCGAUAAAAUUGAGGUUAAAACUCGAUAAGAACGAGCCUAUAGUUCAGCCGGUGUAUAAGGCUGAUGUUAGUUUUGUCAAUCAACAAGCGAAAGGCGAGAAACCUAUAGAAGGCGAGCUUAGAGUGCCACCUUUACAUAUCAGCCUUAGAGGUCGGAAUUCGGCGGUGAUAAAGAACUCUAAGAAAGAAAAGAAGAAGUUCGGCCCAGGAGACCUUCAUUCAAAGAAAAUUAAAAUAAGAAAGUCUCUGGAGUCCGAUGAGAAGUCCCACAGGCGGGAUUCUGAGGAGUCGUUAGCCUCGAAGUCGGGAGAAAGUACUGAAAACUCAAAGACUGAAGAGUAUUUACAUGUUAAAAACAUAAAAUUGAAUAAUCACUACGAGGGCGAGGCUAUCAAAACAGAAAUCACGGGGGACAACAAUGUUGUGUACAGAAUGAAGACACUAUCGAAAAAUGCUCACAUAGUGACAAAAUCACAUGACUAUAAACUUCUCAACAGCAAAGUACAGACAUUGGAUAGUUUAAAAAUGAAAAAGAAAUUGAAAACAUUGGGUGAAAGUGGGAAAUCGACGGAAAAAGAAAGGGACAAAGAAUGGAGGAACGAUUUGCUAGAAAAGGAGGGGAAAUAUGCCCAGAAUGAGGGGUACAGAGAGACUCCAAACAAUCAUGAGGUGAAAAAGAAGUUACCAACACCAAAACUGGAGAAAGAUGGUGCGAAAUGUGAUAACUUAAAGUCCAGUGAUAUGAAGACUGUGUUGGAUACGGACUAUGGUGAAGUGAAAUCUGGUGCUAGUGAUUUGGACAACAGGUUAAAGUGUCAUAAGAACCUCGAACGGACGCUCAGUGCGGACGAGGAGAAGUUUGACCGUGAUGAAAAUAAAUUAAAAAGGACACUAGCAGAUAGUGCUAUAACAUCACCCAAUGGACUUAUCUCCUCCGAGAAGAAGAGAAAAACCAGCCAUAGUUCCUGUCCAGAUCCCCCUGGUUCGACAAACAUAGGCACAAUAGGCGGCGGUCGCGACUCGCCGCCGGCCUCUAGUCAGCGCUCGGGGGCCCUCUCACCGCGCCGCAAAGAGAGGCCCAAGGACAAAACGUACUGCAAACUUAUUGCCGAGAGGACUCGACCGGACGACAAGUUCGGCAACCGGUCGCCCAACUCGCAGGCUCAGGGCGAAGAUUCCGGGAUCGAAUCCAUGGACGCCCUUUCUGAAAAGUCCCCAAACCAAGCCAGCCAAUCACCGCCCGGUCCACAGAGGAAGGAACGGUUGGAUAUGCCAAGAUCGACCAGCCCCACGUCGGUGCAGAGGAUAAUUGGAGUGAUAGACCAACCACCGCCGUCCGAUGAGCUCUUAGAGAGGUUGUCGUUGGCGACAGGGCAGCCCCACUACGAUCCCGUGCCGCCCGAUAUAGACGAUAUGGGAGACAUUGAGGCGGAACUGGCGAAAAUGCACGCGGACCAUAUAAAUGGAGACGACGCUCCGAGAAGACCGCCAGAAGAUACCACGCAAACCAAAGAAGUGAAGAGAGAACCGACUCCUAUCCUCAGGGACGAAGACAAAUCCACCCCGAGCAUAAACAGAGCGGAUACCAAGAGUGAGCUGAAGACGGAGCAAAAAACGAAUGAACCACACAAGGAAGAAUCGAGUGUAUCGCCGAAAAAAGAGAAAGGAUUGGACGAUUUUGAUCACCUUCCGAGUAGGGUCUCGCCGCCUUUAUAUACGUAUUCGAAUCAGGAAAAACUUUGUAUGACUGAUUCGUUAGAGAUGGAAGAAAACAAGUGUCUCGUUUCAGAGAACGGCGAAGCGAAAGACACCGAGACGGAAGUUAAGGAGAAGCAAGAACCGAAGAUCGAAAGGCUACCGCUCAAGGCUGACUUUCCGGAUAAGAGUUUAUUAGAACAAUUACUGAUAGAAAUACCAACUCCUGAUUACGUCGGAAAGAGGCCGGAGUCGCCGUCUCCUUCGACUUUGGAAAGAGUAGCGCGGAGUAGCGUCCGGACGAGGUCGAGUAGUAAAAUGAACAGUCCGGCCGACGGCCCUAAAACGCCGCGUUUAAGUCCAGGGAUCAGUAAACUCGAAAGAUCCGACUCGCCUGCCUUGCAACCUAGAAAUUGUCUUCGCAGUGGCUCGGUGGAUAAGACGAGUCCACGGACAGCGAACGCGAUAGCGCCGGCUAAGCCGGUGCCUGGAGCCAAACGGAAGAGGCGUGAGUCGGAGAGCUCCUGUGCGUCUACACUUAGCUGCGAGGAGGGCAUUUCACCGGGCCGCCCCAAGAAAAAACCGAGGCGUAUUGACCAGAAACUGGUGAGCCCGGUAGUGGCGAUCGGUGGCAAGGUCAAGAAAGAAUCUGAUAGUGAUAGCGAUGAGCCAUUAAUAUGCAAGGUGCGGGGGAAAGGAGUGAAGGUGGUGAAGCCCGGGGUGAAAGUACCAAAGGGGGCCGAGGGGGUAGGGACGCGGAGGUCGGUACGACACGGGCCCGCACCCGCCCCCGCCGCUCCCGCACCACCCAACACCACACCCGUCAGGCGGAAAACGAGGAGUGCGGGAGAAGGUGGUACUCAGAGCGCGGGCGCGGUGCGGCGGCGGCGCACGUCCCGCGACGGCAAGUGA